AUGCUGGAUUCACGAGGCGUGGAGGUGGAGCAGGGACUCCAGCCUUCCCCACAACUCUUCCAGAACCACCAGGCCUUCUCCCAAGCCUUCAAAGAGCGCUCCGAAGAGAUGGCCCUGCAGUACAGUCUUGGCCAAGUCGAGUACAAUGAUCCUAAUCCAGAGUACGCUUGGGCGUACGAGGUCGACGCCAGAUCGACUGGGGACAUGAAGUCUGCCCGAGAGGAACGUCGAGGUGACGUGGUCGUGGGUCAGUACUCGGUCAUGGACCCCGACGGCUCUCUGCGCGUGGUCGACUACUCGGUGGCUCCCGGCACAGGCUUCCAGGCCACCGUCCGCAAGGAGUACGCAGGCGAGGCUUUCCAGGGGCAGGAGCAGAGGCUGCAGGCUCAGGCCAGGCAGUACAGUGCUAUCCAACAGGGAACCGACUACCAACAGAACCGUGGGCAAUACUCACAGAACCGCAACCAGUACCAGGAAAACCGUGGCCAGUACUCACAGAACUACAAUGACUACCAACAGAACCGUGGGCAAUACUCACAGAACAGCAACCAGUACCAACAGAACCGCAACCAGUACCAGUACUCACAAAGCCGCAACCAGAACCUGGAAAAUAGACAAUAUUCUCAGAACCGCAAUCAGUAUCAACAGAACCGCAAUCAGUAUCAACAGAACCGCGCAGUCAACAGAACCGCGAUCAGUAUCAUCAGUAUCAACAGAACCGCAAUCAGUAUCAGAACAUAUCAACAGAACCGCGAUCAAUAUCAGCGAAACCGCUUCCAAUCCUCUCAGUACAGUACCGAUUACCAGCAGAACCGCUAUCAGAACCAGCAGAACAAUGAGUACCAGCUAAACCCCAUUCUGUAUUCUCAGAACCUCAACGAGUACCAACAGGACCGAUAUCAGAAUCAGCAGAACCGUUACCAAUUUUCACAGAACCGAAACCAGUAUCAGAAGAACGGCAAUCAAUACUCCCAGAAUUUGAAUGCAUACCAGAACCGCAACCAGUACCAGCAGAACCGUAACCAAUACCAACAGAACCGCGAGCAGAACCGCAACCAAUACCAGCAGAACCGCGAUCUAUCCUACCAGUACCAGCAGAAUCGCGACCAAAGCCUUUCCACCCGCAACAACAACCUCAGGUACAACUUCCAGCGUUAUGGAACCAACCGCUUCAAUCAGAACCUGAACCGCCCUUCGCCAAGCCUCUACAGCCAAAACCAAAACUACCUUCUGGCUCGCUAUGGAUCCGGUUCUCAGAACCAGUACACCAACCAGUACAACCGCGUCUACAACCAGUACAACAGCCAACAGAACAGGAACCAGCAGAACCAAGGUUACUCUCCCAUCAGCGUGGUUCUCGCAUCCUCAAGGAACUAACUCGCAAACCAAAUUAUCAGCAAACUCCCUGGACCACAAUCUGUAAAGAGCGUUCAGAGUGGUUUUCAAUGGUUCUCUUGGUCUUGGGAACAAAACUUUGAACUUUUUACAAAAUAAAUCACAUCUUUCUUAUGA